AUGAAAAAAAAAAAGAAGAUUUAUUUAUUAUUGAUAUUAUUUAUACUUCUAUGUAAUAAUUCAUUGUGUUUUAAAGAUAAUAAUAAAUUAAAAUACUUUUUUAUAUUAAAGCAAAACAAUAAAAUAUAUAAAAAUUCUAAACAUUUUAUUUUAUACAAUUAUGGAAAAGAAUUUUUUGAAAGAAUAAAAAAGUUAAAUUUUUUAACAAAUAUUUUGAAAAUUGAUGCAUACCCAUCGUCUUUUAUAAAAAGGAAUAUUAAAAUAUGUGAUUUAAAAAAAAAGUAUAAUUAUUUAAAAAAUGGAGAGAAGGAUAAUGAUAAUUACAUUAUUUAUGGGCGUGUAAUGGUAAAACGAAAUAAUGGUAUGUUUCUAAAUAUACAAGAUGAUGAAGAUAAUAUACAAAUUUACAUAGAUGGAGAUAUCUCAAUUAAAAAAAAAACAGAUGAAAACAAUGAUCUAAAAAGCAAAAAAUGUAGUUUAGAUAACAAGAAUUAUGAUAAUAAUUUAAUAAGUGAUAAAUAUAUAAAUCAAGAAAAUAAUAAUUUAUAUGAUGAAUCAGAUAAAUUUAAAAAUAUUAAUGAAGUAAAGGCCAGGAAAAUAGUAGAAAUAGGAGAUUUUAUAGCUGUAAAAGGGUUUAUUAGAAAAACUUCAAGAGGAGAAAUAACAUUACACACAAAAGAAUUACACAUAUUAGCAAAAUCAUUGUUACCAUUACCAGAUAAAUAUAAAGGGAUGCAAGACUUAGAAUACAAAUAUAGAAAGAGAUACCUUGAUUUUUUAACUAAUAAAGAACAAAAAGAGAAAAUAAUAACAAGGUUUAAAUUAAUUCAAGAAAUAAGAAAAUAUUUAUUAAACAGAAAUUAUUUGGAAGUGGAUACCCCAAUAUUGCAAUUAAUACCUGGAGGAGCUACAGCUAAGGCAUUUGAAACUUAUUUGAAAUCUUUAAAUUUAAUUUUAUAUUUAAGAAUUUCUCCAGAAUUAUAUUUAAAAAAAUUAAUUAUAAGUGGGAUUUCAGAAAAGAUUUUUGAAUUAAGCAAAUGUUUUCGUAAUGAAGGAUUAAGUUCUAUUCAUAACCCUGAGUUUACCUUGUUAGAAAUUUAUAAGUCCUACUCUAAUUAUAAAUAUAUGAUAAAAUUUGUUGAAAAACUAAUAAAAAAAAUAUCAACAAAGUUUAAUUUUAUUUCAGAUUAUAACAUAAUCAACAAAAAAUGGAAAAAAAUAUCUUUUAUUAAAAUAAUAAAAAAGUAUACAUCCAUAAACUUUUUAAAUUUAUCUUUUGAUGAAGCCUAUAAUGAAGCUAAAAAGUUAAAUAUCACUUUUGAUUAUGAUAAAAAUGAUUUAAAUUGGGGUUUAGUUGUUGAAGAAGUUUUUAAAAGAAAGGUAGAGCCAUUUUUGGGUAAUGAUCCCAUACAUAUUUUUCAUUUACCAUCAGAUACAUCUUCAUUAGCUAAAACAUUAAAUACGAAUAAGAAACUAUCUGAAAGAUUUGAAACAUAUAUAGGAAAAAUGGAGAUAGCUAAUGGAUACACAGAAGAAGCUAAUCCAUUAAUGCAAGAGAAGAAAUUCAUACAACAGUGUGUUUUAAAAGAAAAGCAUAUGAAACAAAACAUAAAUUGGAAUAUCAAAUUAGAUGAUAAUAAAAACAUUAACAAAAAUAACAAUCAAAAUAAUUAUUUUAAAGAAUUAUUUAAUAAUGAUUAUAAAACAAAAAUAAACAAACAAAAUAUGAAAAAUCAAAAUUACGAAAUUGAUUAUGAUUACAUAACAGCGUUGUCUCAUGGUUUGCCACCGACUGGUGGUUUAGGAAUAGGUAUUGAUCGUUUAUGCAUGUUAUUUACUAAUUCAAAUUCAAUUAAAAAUAUAUUAUCAUUUUCUAUUAUAAAACCAAAUUAA